GGAGCCGAACGCAGCCAAUCAACAUGGUGAAGGAAGCUCGGCUGAUCGUGGGCUCAUACCUCUCCCUAGAAAAGGGUGACUGGUAUUGGGUUGAAGUCCGCUGGUUGCAGGUUGCUAGCAAGCUGAAGUCGACCGCAAGAGUGUUUAAACCUGGAAGAAGAGUUGAUUUUGCAAACAAGACUAUAGUUUGAGCCAUAAUGGAACAAGCAGUUGGUGAAUCAAAAGAGACACGUUCGACAAAAGACAUUUCCAAAGCCAAGAAGUGCACGGUGAUUGGAGGCUCUGGGUUCCUGGGGCAGCACAUGGUGGAGCAGUUGCUGGCACGAGGCUAUGCUGUCAAUGUAUUCGAUAUCCGCCAAGGGUUUGAUAACCCCCAGGUGCAGUUCUUUAUAGGCGAUCUUUGCAGCCAACAGGACCUGUACCCAGCUCUGAAAGGUGUAAGCACAGUUUUCCACUGUGCGUCACCCCCACCAUCCGGUAACAACAAGGAACUCUUUUAUAGAGUGAAUUUCAUUGGCACCAAGAAUGUCAUUGAAACCUGCAAAGAGGCUGGGGUUCAGAAACUGGUUUUAACCAGCAGUGCUAGUGUCGUCUUUGAGGGUACGGACAUAAAAAAUGGAACUGAGGACCUCCCUUAUGCCAUGAAGCCCAUUGACUACUACACAGAGACCAAGAUCUUGCAGGAGAAAGCAGUACUGGAUGCCAACGACCCUGAGAAGAAUUUCUUAACCACAGCCAUUCGUCCUCACGGCAUUUUUGGCCCAAGGGACCCCCAGUUAGUCCCCAUCCUAAUUGAUGCGGCUAGAAAGGGCAAAAUGAAGUUCAUGAUUGGAAAUGGGGAGAACCUGGUGGACUUCACCUUCGUGGAGAAUGUGGUUCAUGGACAUAUCUUGGCAGCCGAGCACCUCUCCCAAGAUGUAGCUCUGGGUGGGAAGGCAUUUCACAUUACCAACGAUGAACCAAUUCCUUUCUGGACGUUCCUGUCUCGCAUUCUGACAGGCCUCAAUUAUGAGGCCCCCAAGUACCACAUCCCUUACUGGGUGGCCUACUACCUUGCUUUCCUGCUAUCUCUGCUGGUGCUGGUGGUCAGUCCUCUCGUCCAAAUCAAGCCAACUUUUACACCAAUGCGAGUGGCAUUGGCUGGCACAUUCCACUACUACAGUUGUGAGAAAGCCAAAAAGCUCAUUGGAUACCGGCCAUUGGUCACCAUGGAUGACGCCGUGGAAAGGACUGUGCAGAGUUUCCACCACCUGCGGAAGAACAAGUGAUGUGCUCCAGAGCCCUCCCCAAUAAUUUUUUCCUCUCUGUUCUGAUGAGCCAAUAUCCUUAAUUGAGUUUCUUCUGAGCUAUGUGCCCCUUGCUGGUGACAAGAGCAGAUGUCUCUUCCAGGGUAGCAUUGGACUUCCUAAAGCAGGCAGAUGCAUAAUCUACUGUUUUGGUCUUUCUCUCUCCCUCCCCCUGAGUAUACCAACAUAAAAUGAAAACCACAAGACUUUGAUCGAGGUCUUAAAAACUGAAGCAAAACCAGAAUUGUUGACACAGAGUAAGACUUAGACAUACAUUUCAUAUGUUCCUAGUAGAAUAGUUAGAAGUGUUGAUGACUGUAACCCCAGCCACCAAUCCCUAAGAAUAAAUCCAUUUCUGGUUCCCUGCUGUCUUGCAUGAUGUCAGGGUUUCUUUCAAAAAUGAGUGCAGUGUCUGCCUGCCUUGUUUUACCAUAAAACAUCUCUCUAUCCACAGAAACUGUUGGCAGUCUUUAGUUGUCAGUGCGAUGUGUACAUUGUGUGCUAUGUUAGUUGGUCAGCUCCUAAAACCAUGGUUGGUAAUAAGCUGGAGAGAGUGGCCUUCUUCAUCUCCAGGAUGUUUGAGUAGAAACUGUACUGAUAGUUCAUUUGAAUUUUAAUAAAUAAAACCUGCCUGAAGAUCAGAGAGUAAAACAGCUGCACUGGUCAGCUUUAUAGACCAGGCAGUGGUGACACACACCUUUAAUCCCAGUAGUCACACUAGUUUACCAUAGGAACUGGGCACUAGUGGUGCACACCUUUAAUCCCAGCCUUAGAGAGGAAUAUAAGACAGGAGCAGACAGCUCUCAGUCACAGUCUCAUUCUGAGAGUCCUGAAGGCAGAAUCGCCAUUUCAGACUGAGGGAGAGGUAAGAGCCAGUGGCUGGCUGCUUUGUUUUUCUGGCCUUCUGACAAGCUUUAUUUAUUAAAAUACAAAUGAAAUAUCACUACAAGAAACUCCUUCAUGAGAUGUUGCAGAAUGGCCUACAGACAUCGUUGUAGCUCACCUCACAGAACAUAUCAGGCCAUUCAUCUUCCAAAGAGUACAGCCCAUCUAAUACAGUGUGUUUUUGUUCUCUGAACUCAUUAAAAUGUAUUCCUGAAGAA